GCGGAAGGGUCUUCCAGCCUCGAAUCCAGCCCGACAGCCCUACCGGUUAUAGUCCUCCUUCAUCGUGCUCAACAACGACGCCCACGAGCUGAAAUCCUAGCGGGUUUUUAUCGGCAUGACGAAUAUCUGGUGUCGGCCACGAAUGACGUGCUUGCAGAUGGGAGCGCGAUGUCGGGGCCCGUGGGAAACGAGUCGGUUUUCGCGGGUAUCGAGAUGGCGGGGGUUUUGACCCAGAUGGGAGUUCGGGUUGAGCUGGUGGGUACGCAGUUCGGGGUGGGCCCGCUGGAUGUGCCUAUGCCGGCGAAUAUCUCUCUGGGACUGCCCGGGCCCUGGCUGAACUAUAUGGUGGGCGAGGUCGAUGGGGAGGGCCGGUCGAGGGGGCUGAGGGUCCCGGGCAAGCAGCAGUCGGUGAUCUCGUUCACGAAGAGGCGUACACCGGGGAUUAACGUGUCGGGAGGAGACGGGUUCCCGACUAAGGUUUAUUUCAACGGCGAGGAGCACCUGUUGCCGGAUAUAAUUCCGACGAGUGGCGUGGGGCGGCUGGUGUGGUCGUCGGUCUUGGUGCAGUUGGUUGUGGGUGUAUUGGUUGUUGAAGAUGGAGGUAAUAUUCCAUCCAACAUCAUCAAGAGUUUAAUGUAUCAACUUUGCAAAGGUGUUACUUUCUGUCAUGGUCAUGGUGUUCUACUACACAGGAAUCUCUAUCCUCACCAUCUUUUGAUGGAUCGUAUGACAAUGAUGCUUAAGAUAGCAAAUCUUGGUUUGGCCAGAGCUUUUACGGUCCCUAUUAAGAAGUACACUCAUGAGAUAUUGACCCUCUGGGCUCCUGAGGUGCUUUUAGGAGCUACACACUACUCACCAGCAGUGGAUAUGUGGUCAGUCGCCUGCAUAUUUGCUGAUCUGUUGACAAACCAAGUUCUCUUUUUUUGUGGAGUGUUGCCUUUCCUGGAGAGGAACUCCAUGGAUUAA